UGUAGCGUUUUUAUUUUGGACGAGAGUUUAUUACGGAGAGGAAUGAUUUCCCUCGUGUUAAAAAGGGUAAUAUGACACUUUAACAAAAGUUUUGAAUGGCUCGUCAGAUGUGAAUAGAACCCAAGUGAAAAAGGCAUUAUCAGAGCAAAGGGAAAUAGUGCCAUGCUAUAAUUUUCUUUCCGUGUGUGAAGCUGCAUAGCGUAUUUUCCAUUGAGUACUGGACAUCGGUUGUGAUUGGCAGUCGAGCGCGCCCUGAUUGAUCGCCGGUACGGGUACCGUACUAAUCCGGGGGAGGAGCGAACAAUCAAAACAAAGCAGCUGAUUGGACCUUGCCUAGGAAGGGAGCACUUAGUGGGUCUGCACACAAGAAUGUUGUGUUUUCAGUAACGACAGACCGCGAUCUCGGGUUAUAAUUUAUUUGGGGGGAACUUUAGUAUGGACUUGUAUUUUGUGAGAUUUGCCUCCGAGGACAGUUACUAAGAUGGAACUUCGUGACUUCUAAACUUGGCUGUUUAUCUUUGCCAAAACCGUGGCAUUGUUAUCAGUAAAGAAACACACAACCAUGUGUACGCUGUGUCAGAGAAGGGGAGUGUAUGAACGUUAUAGAAAUUUUAUUGCUGUUUUUACUAACAAUCCAAUUUGACUGCUAAUGGACUUGUAAAGCUUAACUUUUGGAAUUAUUCACCUACACAAGAAUUUUUUUACAAUGGAAUACAAAGACAUAAAGCCAGUGUUGACUCUGUUGGUAUGUCUGUUCGUUCUGAAACAUUGUGAGGGAACAGAAAUUGUCAGGAAAUGUGACCCGAUCCGCAUUGAGAUGUGUAAGGGUCUGGGUUAUAACGUUACGGGUAUGCCGAAUCUGGUCGGACACGAUCUUCAACAAGACGCUGAGUUACAAUUACAAACAUUUACACCACUCAUUCAGUAUGGUUGUUCACAGCAACUGAAAUUUUUCCUGUGUUCAGUGUAUGUACCAAUGUGUACGGAGAAAGUCAUAGACCCCAUAGGACCAUGUAGACCAAUGUGUUUGAGUGUACAGAGGCGCUGUCAGCCAGUCCUUCACGAGUUUGGUUUCCCUUGGCCAGUGGCUCUCAACUGUUCUAAGUUCCCACCCAAAAAUGACCAGCACCACAUGUGCAUGGACGGUCCUGGAGAGAGCGCAGUUGAGGAGCCACCAAGAAAACCAACCUUCAAACCACCCACGAAAGAAAAGAGCGAAUGUGACCAGUUCAGGUAUCAUAAGAUGUACACCUUCAUCAACCGAACUGGCAGGUGCGCGCUGAAGUGUAACGAGAAUGCGGCGUUUUCAGCAGAGGAUAAGUACUUUGCUGACAUUUGGAUGUCCAUAUGGUCAGGACUAUGUUUUGUGUCUACGUUGUUCACCAUUCUUACAUUUGUCAUUGACUCUCAGAGGUUCAAAUACCCGGAGCGCCCCAUCAUUUUUCUUUCCAUGUGCUACAAUAUCUACAGUAUUGCUUACAUCGUCCGUCUGAUCGCCGGUAGGGAGUCCAUCGCCUGUGAUCGGGACACAGCCAGCAAGUCCUUUAUUCUGAUCCAAGAGGGUCUAGAAAACACGGAUUGUGCCAUUGUCUUUCUCUUACUUUACUAUUUUGGCUCAGCAGCCGCUUUGUGGUGGGUCAUUUUGACCCUUACGUGGUUUCUAUCUGCUGGACUUAAAUGGAGCCAUGAUGCAAUUCAGCUCCAUAGCAGUUACUUCCAUUUAGUGGCCUGGGCUUUGCCCGCCAUAGAAACAAUUAUAAUUCUUGUCAUGAGGGAAGUAGACGCAGACGAACUGACAGGGAUUUGUUAUGUUGGAAACCAAAACACACAGACAUUAUUGGGCUUUUCUGUGGCCCCUUCAUUCGUCUACCUCGUCGUCGGAGUGGCGUUCUUAAUCGCCGGAUUUAUAGCUUUAUUAAGGGUCCAGUCCCAGGACCGUAUCAACGGAGUGAAAUCCGCUAAAAUUGAAGUCCUGAAGAUCCGCAUUGGAGUCUUCAGUCUUCUUUAUACCAUCCCCGCCGCGAUAGUCAUAGCGUGCUUAUUGUAUGAGUUUGCGAGCAGAGACUCAUGGUACCUUAAAAACUCUAUUUCUAGUGAACCAAAGAUGGAAAUCUUCAUGUUAAAGAUUUUUAUGACUCUGGUGGUUGGCAUCACUAGUGGGAUGUGGAUUUGGUCGUCCAAGACUAUCAAUUCCUGGAGAAAUUUCGCAGUCAAAUUAACUUUCCAAAAGGACCAACGCGAAGUGCGAAAGACAAUCGAGUACGCCGUUCCAACCCACCAAUAUCACCCUGUGCCAGUCAAACACGUUAAUAGGGUGGUCAGGAAUGAGAAAUCCAAACCAAAGCGGACAAAAACGGACGGCCAAAUCGUUGUCUAGUUUCAUGUGUUAUCCAUCAUUACUUCACGGCUGGGUAUUAUUGUUUUUUCAUUAUGGAUUAUUAUUUUCGUUUGCGUGAAAACACGGAGAAAAUGCAGUGAGAAGAAAUACUCAAAAGUGCUUGUGAAAAUGUGGCUUAAUGAAUGUGUUUGUUUUGAAAGUGAAAUCGAAACUAUUGAAACAAAACGAGAAUAUUUCCUCUUGUAUAGUUCUAUGCUGCAUGUUAAUAUGAUGUGAAGAAACCCAUUGGGUCUGUGUUCGUUUCAAUUCGCUAUAGAUGUCUUUUUUUUAUAAAUCCAUGCAAAACUUGGAGAGAAAUAUAACAUGACUGCUAAAAUGUUUUCAAGUGAUUCUGAAAUUUUAUUGUGUGCAUGUGUACCGAUUCUCCUAAGCUAUACCGAGAUCAUGCAGCGACGCAUAACAAAUGGCUUGGUUUUUUUUUAACUGUUUCUCAAAAUCAAUUCACGUUGCUGCCUCUCCAUCUUCCUUUUCUGACACGUGUCUCAAUGAAGAUACAUUAAGCAGGAGAACAAGCCAUCCUUUUCAAUUCUGGAACAAAAUAAUACACCGAACAAAAAACCUUUCUGCAGUAGCGCCCUAAUCAACCAGCACUGUUGCACGCCGGUUUUUGGCUGCUUUCGCCACGCCACCUCGCGGCGGGUGGAAGGACUGGAUUGUACUCACAUACUUCACAAAAAAAAUCACUUGGCGAAA